AUGAUUUUUGAUCUUUAACCACCAUCUCCAUCUCUAUCUCCUAACUCUAGAGUUCGAUACUAUUAAGAAUAGUUAGAUAAAGCUCAUGAAAUUAUAGAUCAAUUAGAAAUUUUACUACAUGAAAAAGAACUACAAAAAUCUUAAACUAAUCAUCCUUCUAAUUGCUAAGUAUUUAUACCUCCUCUUUCAUUUCAUUCAAAAUCACCUAGUAUUAAUGGUGAAAGAUCAAAAAGUUAUGUUGCUACUCCUUAAUAAUAUUCCACUCCUAGAGAUCCCAGAAAUCGUAUGUCUAUGGGUAAUUAAAGCUCUAUCAAAUAUAUUGAAGAAAUGAAAACAAGACAUACAGAACUUGUUUAAUAAUUCAAAGAAGAUAAUUCAUAUAAAGAAUUAAAAAAUAAAGAAAUCAAUGAUCAUAUCUAAGAACUAAAAACAGAAUUAAUUUAUUGUUAACAAAAAUAAACUAUUACUAAAAAAGAAAAAAUAUAAUCCUAAUAAUAAUUGGAACACCUCCAAAAUGAAAUUGAAAACAUUCAAUACUAAUUAAAUAAUUCCAAACAAUAAGGAUUGUUGUUAUACUAAAAACUAUAACAAUUUAAAUAAAAUAAUUAAGAUACUGAAUUCUAAGAAGAAGAAUCAGAGAAAAAUCAUAAAUUAGCAACUCCUUAAUCAUAACAAAAUAGUAAAUUCAAAAAUUCUACUAGUCAUAAAAAACUUAUGUAAACUUUACAAUAAGAAAUUGAAUUACUUGAAGCUUAAAAACAACAAUAUUUUAACACUUCUGUUUCAAAUUUCGAAGAAAAAGAAAUUGAAACUAAUCAUUUUAAUGAUAGAAUAGUAAAAAAUGUUUAAUUUCUAUAUUUAGAUCGAAAGUAAAUAAUAAAAUUUAAGGAUUGAUACUUUAGAUGAUGUAAGAUUAGUAACAGAUUCUGGUUAUAAAUUAUUUACAUAAGUAGAUUAAGAUAAUGAAUCAGUAAAGUCCUUUAAAAUUAAAAAGUAGAAACCAAGAAGUUGUGAAUCAUGUAUCAUAUUCUGA